GGGGCGGGGAGGAGGAGGAAGGCGCUGGCGGGCAGUGAUGGCGGCGGGUGAUGGGGACGUGAAGCUAGGCACCCUAGGGAGUGGCAGCGAGAGCAGCAGCGACGGUAGCAGCGAGAGCCCCGGCAGCGCGGGAGCAGCAGCAGAAGGGGGUGGCUGGGCGGCAGCGGCGUUGGCGCUUCUGACGGGGGGCGGGGAGAUGCUGCUGAACGUGGCGCUUGUGGCGCUGGUGCUGCUGGGGGCCUACCGGCUGUGGGUGCGCUGGGGGCGGCGAGGUCUGGGCGCUGGGGCCGGGGCGGGCGAGGAGAGCUCUGCCGCCACUCUGCCUCGUAUGAAGAAGCGGGACUUCAGCUUGGAGCAGCUGCGCCAGUACGACGGGUCUCGCAACCAGCGCAUCCUGCUCGCGGUCAAUGGGAAAGUCUUCGACGUGACCAAAGGCAGCAAGUUCUACGGCCCGGAGGGUCCGUAUGGAAUAUUUGCUGGUAGGGAUGCCUCCAGAGGACUAGCAACAUUUUGCCUAGAUAAAGAUGCACUUAAAGAUGAAUACGAUGAUCUCUCAGAUUUGAAUGCCGUACAAAUGGAAAGCGUUCGAGAAUGGGAAAUGCAAUUUAAAGAAAAAUAUGAUUAUGUAGGCAGACUCCUAAAACCAGGGGAAGAACCAUCAGAAUAUACAGAUGAAGAGGAUACCAAGGAUCACAAUAAACAGGAUUGAACUUUGUAAACAACCAAAGUCAGGGGCCUUCAGAACUGCAAUUCUUACUCCCUCUCACAGAAUGUCCAGCAUCUUUGGGUUUGGUUCACCUGCUGCAAAAAAACAUUCAACAGAUUGUCUGUGCAAGCUAAAUGAGUCUCACUAUGAAGAUUCAAAUACGAGACAUUAUUUAUGCUGCCAAACUCAUUUGUUGCAGUUGUUUGUAAUGUCUGGUGGGGCUUCUUCAUCCUGAAAAGGAGAAGAUAGGGAUUUUUUAAAGAGCAAGAAAGUGAUGAGAUUACUCUUUCCUUUUUUCUCUUUUUUCUUUCUUUCCUUUUUUUUUUUUUAAUCGAAGACAAAUUGAUAUGUAUUUGCUACUUAUGUGUACAAAUCUCAAAAAACAGUAAGGGAUUCCUAUUUCAUGUGCUGUGGUUUUGUUUUAGCAAUGAAGGAGGGAGAAAACCUGGCCCGCAGAGUUGGGGGUCCACAUCAAUUCGAGUACUUAGGGCUACUGAAAUAUUGUAAUGUGAAUUCCCAGACUUUUCUUUUUGGGUUUUAUCAGGGAAAAGAAGGAUUAAAAGAAAAAAAAAGAAAAAAAAAAAAAAAGAAACCCUAUUUCUAAGAAAUCUUUGGAAAUUAGGAGAAGGGAUUUCAAGUGGAUUUAAGUCAAAGCUAAUUCUCCAACUGUAAGAUUGAAACUAGUUUUUAGCCCUUUCCUUCCCCUGGAUCAAAUCAAUAUUAAUUGUGCCUUAUUUCACUUACAUAGACUUGAAUUAUUUUUAGGGAAAGCCCCUGUGUGAAUUGAGAAGUCACUACAAGCAGCAAUGAGACUGAAGUUGGAAUAUUCUGUUGACUGCAAAACCUUGAUGUCAUUCUGUGUAUAUAGAAUGUAAAAGGAAUAUUCAGUGUUACUGCCAUAUAUGUUAAUACACACAAACUUAAUUAGCAUUGUAAUGGCCAAAUGCAUUCCCCCAUGCUUUUCUCUUUUCAAAGAAAAUUGAAAAACAAAUCAACAACUCUGUCCCCCAACAGCUGCCUAAUUUUGGGAGUCUGACUCUCACAUCUCACUGGUGUGGGUACAGGGGGCUGGAGUAUGGAUGUUGUAUGGGUGUGUCUGAGUGUGUGAGAGCGCCUUGGAAGGGACUCUGCAGAUACUGUAAAUACCCAUACCAUUUUAAUAAAGCAUGUACAAUAAACCAAAAUAAGCUUGAGUUGAACUUUAUAUACAAACUGUAAGCCAGUGGAUUAUGAAAUGAUCAAGAUUGUGCAUUUGAUUCAAGAUAAGGAAAAAUCUUGGAAAUGAAAGGCAGACACUGGUUAACCAAGUUGUACACAUUGUACCACAUUCACUGUAACUUUAGGAAGAAAUUCCACUUUGUGGAAUGUUCUCAAGAGAUCUGAGAUUAUUCAGGUAAGAAUUGAUAUAUUAAAAUGUACAUAUUUUUACUUUAUAUUUUGAUGCCAACUGAUUAUACUAGCAGUAAUAGUACUCCAGGUGUAGUUAUUGAACACAAAACAAUGAAGGAUCUUAUACUGAUAGGUAUUAAAUUCUUCUAUUGUUUGAAAAAGCCCUUACUAAAAGUCCAAUAUAUGUCCAUUAUUUGAGUUCAUCAUGACUAUUUAGGUUCUCAGUUGGGGACAAGUUACACCAAAAAGACAACUUUAUUUAAUAAGUCACCAGUUAAAGAAUUCUGCUUUAUGAGUAUAAUAUAUGUAGAAGCCAUCAAAGAAAGAGGAACUUUUAACUGCAAUAAUAAGCUAAAGUAUGUAAAAUACUACAUUCUGUUAUAUUCAGUCUUGGAAUGUUUGGUAGAAAAUGAUGACCUUCAGCCAAAUCUUUGCUGAAGACUGGUUGGAACGACUGAAGAGUGUUGGUAAAUGCUUUGUGUGUUUUUAUGUAAAAUGUUUUCUAAACAGAUUUGUUAAAGUAUAUGUCCUCUGUAGUAAGCUGGUAUAUAUAUGAAUCAUUUGAGCCUAAAGUUAAGAAAACCUACACUUGUGAAUAGAGAAACCCUAAAUAUUCAUGCGUAAAAAUUAUGGAAUCUGUUUAAAAAAGAUGAGUAAUUUUGUGUUUUGGACUUGAAAUAAACAGUGUUCUAUGGACAAUU